AUUAUAGAUAAGUAUUAUGUUUAUGUAUUGGAAUCAGUAGAACUGUAUAAAAUUGUCUAACAUACCUAUUAAUAAAUUGAUGUAGUAGUGCUGAGUAAUUUGCAAUUAUUGCAAUAGUGAUACUAUUGCUAUUCCCAGAGAAAUUCAAAUACUUCAGAACAACACAAACCCAUCGUUUCUGGCUGGGACUGGGCACUUGCACUACCAUAUACAUCACCUUUAGUUAACAUAUGUCAAAGUGCGGUUAUAAUCCACUUGUUUUUGUUUGUUUCGCAAAACAUCUACUUACAUAUUUGAAGAAAUAAAAAUUAAGAGAAACAUCAGAAAAUGGACGUAGAUGAAAUGAUAUCAGAUUUUUCAGCAUUAAAAAUCUCAGCUAUAUCAAAAGCUAUCAAAAUUACCCAGUUUGUUGAUAGUGUUACCAUUGGACCUAAUUCAAUAUUAAGCCCCCCAAAAACACAAUCACCAAGAAUUAUUUCAAAAUCUUCUUGUGAUACAAUUGAUUCUGCAGAAGUAACAGCUACUCAAAACCAAAAACAAGUGCCCAUCCUCAGUUCAAAUAAUACAAUACAAAAUGAUAUUCUAUCUGGAAUGGAGAAACAGCGUAAAGAAAUUGAGCAUCAAUCAAUGGAUGUUCAUAAGAAAACCAUGGAUAUGUUCAACAAAGUGCAGGAAGCAAAGAAAGCUCAACAAUGGAAGCAACACCAGGCAUUAAAGUUUAAAGAAAUUCAAUAUCAAGCAGAUUUAAUGAAGCAGGCAAUGAAUGAAGUGGAGCAUGAGUCAAAAAUUGAAAUUGAGAAGGCUUCAGCUAGAAACAAACAGAGACAACAAGAAAAUGUUAAAUUACUUAAAGCUAAAGCUGAGGAACAACAAAAACAACAGAAGUUACAUUCAGAUUAUGCUACUAUUGAGCAAGAUAUUGUCACCACCAUCAAAGAAAUUGAUAGUUUAAUGAAAACAAAUCAGGAAGCUAAGAGUGAAUUGUUGAAAUUUGAAAAUGAUUUUAAACACAUUUGCAGUAGUUACAAAAGUAUUAGCACUAAAAUACGAUCAACACAAGUACACCAACAAGACAUAAAACUUGCUAAUGACAUACUACAGACAUCUAAACAAAUGAAAGAGUUAAUUAAGAAUAAAAUUAAAGCACAUUACGAGAAGCGUGAACGCGAGGCAGCUGAAACAGUUGCUGCAUUAAAGAAAAAGGAAGAAGAGAAACUUGCGGCAGAACAAGCUGCACUUGCAGCUCAACAAGCAGCACAAACAACAGAACAAUCUGCACAAGUUAUUCAACCUACAGAAAACACACCAGCAUCUUCUAUGACUUCUACAAUUCAAUCAGAUGAUAAAGAAAUUUUAACUACCUAUGUUGGACUUCAAACUUUCCUACAACAGCAUCAACAAAGCUAUAAACAGUUAUUGGAUGAUCAGUCAUUAAAACAGUUUAAAUUUGAUUGCAAGAAAGCUGUCAACCUUCCGGUAAACGCAAUAUCUGCUGUUAGCAGUGAGCACUUACGAGAUAAAUACAAUAAAUUGUACAAUUUAUUGUCGGGUAAAACUGUUCAGAUUAGUGAUAGUCGCAUGAAUGCCUCACAGCAUCCACAGGGCAUCGCGUUCGUGAUGGAUUUACUAGCAAAAAAGUUUGUUUUGCAAGGGGAUCUAACAAUAUCAAGCAACCCUGAUGCUGCUUUUGCGUACGCUACUAUAAUUGUAACUUUAUGGAAUGAUUUUCCGAUUUUUGGAAAAUUGCUCUUAGCUCAUUUCUACAAGGAGUGUCCAUAUUUACUACCGAUAUACUUUCAAAAACAGGAGGGCCAGAGUGAUGAACAGUUUUAUACACUUAUGGGGUAUCAGUAUAAUGACGGAGUUAUAGAGAAACAGGAUAAGUUUCUGAAAAGAAUAACUGGUAUUUGUAAGUUGUAUUUCUCUAUUCUAAUUAGUAACACAAAGCGUGGUACACCUGAGAAUCCACAUCAUCUGGGGAAUGGUUGGACGUGGUUUGCAAGGACUUUGAAUAGAGUUCCGUAUGUGGAUGUCACGGCAACAGCUAUUAAUAGUUUCUUGGAAGUUGCUGGAUCGACUAUGCAGGAGACCUAUGGCAGACAAUUUAAGAAGUUAAUUAUUUAUCUUGUCGAGUUUCAAAUUCCGCUGUUGAAGGAAAAGGACUCUGGUGGUCCGUUGGCAAGACUUGAAGUUUUAUUGCAGAAUUACUAUAAGACAGGAAAAGUGGAAAGACCUAUGGGAAUACUCUCCAGUCAUUUUUGGUAGUAAUUUUGUUAGGAAUUUAGUAAUUUUAAAAUGAUGUUAAUUUAUAUUGUAACAAAAUGAACUGAUAUGAUUUUGCCCGCACUUGUAAUUAAAAAUUAUUUUUAACAUGUAAA